AAAACAGCUCGGAAAGUGAAAGCGUCGCUAAAGUGCGGAAGCCUCACAUUUCCUGGGUGUUCCUUCUCCUUCCUUUGCCGUGUCCUGCCCUCCCGUCCUCCCCCUUCCCCUGUGGCUCAGGCAGCACUGACCCCAACUCCCAGCUUCCCUGGCCUCGGCGGGUUUGAAGACUAGGACUCCAGGGCCGGGAGUGCUGGGGGCGCGGUCGGCCAGCCCCGGCUUCCUUCAGGGAGCGGCGGAGUUCCUCCUCCUACUCUGCACUGCACUUCUCACACCCUCAGCAUCGCGUUCACGAAGGCGUCCGCCCCCCCCCCCCCCCCCCCCCCCGCCCCCAGAACCGUAACCUCCAGGAGCCGAGUUGAGGAAGGCGCUGAGGGCAGGAACCCCAGCGCCGGCCGCUAAGCCUCCAGACGGAGUCCGCCCCUCAGGCCGGUUCCUGCCUCCCAUUGGCCCGCGAACCCGUCCGUCUCCGCCGUGGGACGCGCCUUCCCUGCCCCGCGCCUGGCCGGCUCCGCUCGCCCUCCUCUCACCCCGCCGCUCUUCGGGCUACCUCGGGGUGUGGGGCCGCCCGCGCCUGUGCGAGCCUGAGCUGGCGGCGGCUCCGGUGGGCUCGCAGAAGGGGAGGGCCAGGCGGCGCGGGAGCUGAGCAUCGCCAGGGCGGGCGGCAGGGCGCAGCCUCUCCGCCGGCAGCACCACCUGUCGCGGCGCGAGACCUCUGGUGAAAGAAAAGAUGUUGUCCCGGUUAAGAGUAGUUUCCACCACUUGUACUUUGGCAUGUCGACGUUUGCACAUAAAAGAAAAAGGCAAGCCACUUAUGCUGAACCCAAGAACCAACAAGGGAAUGGCAUUUACUUUACAAGAACGACAAAUGCUUGGUCUUCAAGGACUUCUACCUCCCAAAAUAGAGACACAAGAUAUUCAAGCCUUACGAUUCCAUAGAAACUUAAAGAAAAUGACUAGCCCUUUGGAAAAAUAUAUCUACAUAAUGGGAAUACAAGAAAGAAAUGAGAAAUUGUUUUAUAGAAUACUGCAAGAUGACAUUGAGAGUUUAAUGCCAAUUGUAUAUACACCAACUGUUGGUCUUGCCUGCUCCCAGUAUGGACACAUCUUUAGAAGACCUAAGGGAUUAUUUAUUUCAAUCUCAGACAGAGGUCAUGUUAGAUCAAUUGUGGAUAACUGGCCAGAAAAUCAUGUUAAGGCUGUUGUAGUGACUGAUGGAGAGAGAAUUCUGGGUCUUGGAGAUCUGGGUGUCUAUGGAAUGGGAAUUCCAGUAGGAAAACUUUGUUUAUAUACAGCUUGUGCAGGAAUACGGCCUGAUAGAUGCCUGCCAGUGUGUAUUGAUGUGGGAACUGAUAAUAUCGCACUCUUAAAAGACCCAUUUUACAUGGGCUUGUACCAGAAACGAGAUCGCACACAACAAUAUGAUGACCUGAUUGAUGAGUUUAUGAAAGCUAUCACUGACAGAUAUGGCCGGAACACACUCAUUCAGUUCGAAGACUUUGGAAAUCAUAAUGCGUUCAGGUUUUUGAGAAAGUACCGAGAAAAAUAUUGUACUUUCAAUGAUGAUAUUCAAGGGACAGCUGCAGUAGCUCUAGCAGGUCUUCUUGCAGCACAAAAAGUUAUUAGUAAACCAAUCUCUGAACACAAAAUCUUAUUCCUUGGAGCAGGAGAGGCUGCUCUUGGAAUUGCAAAUCUUAUAGUUAUGUCUAUGGUAGAAAAUGGCCUGUCAGAACAAGAGGCACAAAAGAAAAUCUGGAUGUUUGACAAGUAUGGUUUAUUAGUUAAGGGGCGGAAAGCAAAAAUAGAUAGUUACCAGGAACCAUUUACUCACCCCGCCCCAGAGAGCAUACCUGAUACUUUUGAAGAUGCAGUGAAUAUACUGAAGCCUUCAACUAUAAUCGGAGUUGCAGGUGCUGGCCGUCUUUUCACUCCUGAUGUAAUCAGAGCCAUGGCCUCUAUCAAUGAAAGACCUGUAAUAUUUGCAUUAAGUAAUCCUACAGCACAGGCAGAGUGCACGGCUGAAGAAGCAUAUACACUUACAGAGGGCAGGUGUUUGUUUGCCAGUGGCAGUCCGUUUGGGCCAGUGAAACUCACAGAUGGGCGAGUCUUUACACCAGGUCAAGGAAACAAUGUAUAUAUUUUUCCAGGUGUGGCUUUAGCUGUUAUUCUCUGUAACACCCGGCAUAUUAGUGACAGUGUUUUCCUAGAAGCUGCAAAGGCACUGACAAGCCAAUUGACAGAUGAAGAGCUAGCCCAAGGGAGACUUUACCCACCACUUGCUAAUAUUCAGGAAGUUUCUAUUAACAUUGCUAUUAAAGUUACAGAAUACCUAUAUGCUAAUAAAAUGGCUUUCCGAUACCCAGAACCUGAAGACAAGGCCAAAUAUGUUAAAGAAAGAAUAUGGCGGAGUGAAUAUGAUUCCCUGCUGCCAGAUGUGUAUGAAUGGCCGGAAUCUGCAUCAAGCCCUCCUGUGAUAACAGAAUAGAAGCACUCCCCUGAUAAAUACUUUCUGUGCUCCAGGGAACUCCUUUUUUCAGACAAGAAGAGAUAAUGUCCUCAGUUUUAUGGUGUUUUCUGUGUUUUGUUCUGCCCAGCCACUUUGGUUGACGUAUUUUUUCCAUGCGUCUCCACAUCUGUUGGGGUAGACGUGUUGAUUGAUUGCAUUGCCCACCAGCACCCUACAAUCAGAUAGUUGUGAUGCUUUAAUUGUAACAUACAGCCCAUACCACAUCCAGGAGAUGUAAAAAGUGUGUUUGUGAAUGUCUUCACUUGUAUUCUAAUUCAGACUUGCCAAAGUAUUUGCUAUUUACUAUUAUGGGUAAUAAUCUUCUCUUGCCUAGUUCUUUUAGAGCUACUAAAAUAGGAAUUUACUUUUAUGGAUAGAAGUACAGAAUUUUGAGAAGAAACUAAAUUUUAAGGAAAAAUUGUCAGCAUCUAAAAAUGUUCUUCUACAUCUGCUUCAUCUUACCUUCAUACUCUGAAAUUCCCUUAUAGCAGACAGAGCUAGGGAAACAUUAAAAUUUUACCCUAUUUAUUUUCUGGAACUAAAUCAAGGCUUAACUAUAACAUUAUGAGAGUAAUGGGAACUACUGCUGACUUUAAAUAAAUAAAAGUCAUUGUUUUCAACAGUGUAUAAAAAUCAUAGUGUAACCUUUUUAUUUAAUAAAUAUCUUACAUUUAA